GUUCAGUUUGUCUGAAGCUGAAACUGAGUAAGUACAGGGCCCAAGAUGGCAGUCACAGUAGCCGGAGGAGGCGGCGGCGGCGGCGGCGCUGGUGGAGUGUGGGACAGCGUAGUGGAAAUAACAAAGGUGGCGCAAUUUAAAGAAAGUGAUCCGUUAUUGUGGGCUAUGCAGUUGUCAUCGAGUUUGAACUCGGCGGGAGUGAGUUUGCCUUCAACUGAGUUAGCCCACGUGUUGGUUUCGUACAUUUGUUGGGAUAACAAUGUUCCCAUUCUUUGGAAGUUUCUAGAAAAAUCUCUCAUGCUCAAGAUCGUCCCUCCUUUUCUCCUCCUCUCUCUACUCUCUGACAGAGUCAUUCCAAGUCGACGCUUGCAGCCAGCAGCGUAUAGGCUCUACAUGGAGCUUCUCAAGAGAUAUGCGUUUACACUAAAAUGUCAAAUCCAUGACCCAGAUAAUCAAAAGGUUAUGAAAUCAAUAGAUGCUGUUCUUCAUCUUUCUGAGAAUUUUGGUCUUCCAGCAACUGAGCCUUUUAUUCUUGUUGUUGAGUUUAUCUUCACAAUAGUGUGGCAAUUGCUAGAUGCAUCACUAGAUGAUGAAGGAUUGCUGGAACUUACCCCAGAAAGGGAGUCCAGAUGGCCAACUAAACCUCUGGAAAUGGAAAUAGAUGGAUGCAAUGAUUUUGAUAAGGAGAGGACUGAGUAUCAAGAGAGAUUGCAGAAUAUGAAUACUGUGAUGGCGGUUGAGAUAAUUGGGCAAUUUCUGCUAAAUAAAGUGACUUCAAGAAUUAUUUACUUGGCACGACGAAAUUUGCCCACACAUUGGGUUGGUUUCACCCAGAGAAUACAGCUGCUAGGAGCAAAUUCAGUUGCAUUGAGAAAUUCAAAAAUUUUAACUCCUGAGGCUCUUCUACAGUUGGUAUCUGACACUCGUAUUGUCUUCUCUCAAGAAUGCAAUAUAAAGUCACCAAAAAAUUUGCAUGCAGUUAUAACCUUUGGAUCUCCAGCUUGUUCUGCUGGUCUGUGCCAUGGUGUUAGUUGUUCUGCACUUUGGCUACCACUUGACAUUUUCUUAGAGAAUGUUAUGGAUGGAUAUCAAGUUAAUACAACAAGUUCUGUUGAAAUAAUAACUGGUUUGAUUAAAACUCUUCAAGCAAUUAAUGGCACCACCUGGCAUGACACCUUUUUAGGCCUUUUGAUUGCUGUUCUUCGUCUCGUUCAAAGGGAGAGGGAUCUGAUUGAGGGCCCCAUGCCCCGCCUAGAUCCUCGUUUGUGCAUAUUGUUGUCAAUCACACCUCUUGUUAUUGUGGAUCUUAUUGAUGAAGAAGAGGCCGCACCAAUUGAUGAAACAGAAUGUGGGUCCACCAAUCACUGGAGAGAAAAUAAAGGUCCAGGAGAGCAUCGCAGUGAUUUGGUCUCCAGCUUACAAGUACUAGGAGACUAUCAGGGUUUGCUGACUCCACCACAAUCCGUUGUUUCUGCAGCCAAUCAGGCCGCUGCCAAAGCUAUGUUGUUUCUCUCAGGCAUCAAUAUUGGGAGUGCAUACUUUGAGUGCAUCAAUAUGAAAGACAUGCCAGUCAGUUGUUCUGGAAAUUUACGCCACCUGAUUGUAGAGGCUUGCAUUGCUAGAAAUCUUCUGGACACAUCAGCAUAUUUCUGGCAUGGCUAUGUGAAUGGACGCAUUGACCAAAUACCUCUUAGUGUGCCAACACAAGUGCCUGGUUGGUCAUCGUUCAUGAAGGGAGCUGCAUUCACACCUACAAUGAUUAAUGCUCUAGUUUCCAAUCCUGCUUCAAGCCUGGCAGAGCUCGAGAAAGUUUUUGAGAUUGCUGUCAAAGGAUCUGAAGAUGAGAAGAUAUCUGCUGCUACCAUUCUUUGUGGAGCCUCUCUGAUUCGAGGUUGGAAUGUACAGGAACACACAAUUCAGUUCAUUACUAGAUUAUUGUCUCCUCCGGCUCCUGCUGAUUGCGAUGGGAGCUACAGCCAUUUGAUAGAUCAUGCUGCAAUGCUGAAUGUUCUAAUUGUUGGGAUUGCCACUGUUGAUUGUGUACAGAUCUUCUCUCUACAUGGCCUAGUUCCUCAACUUGCAUGCUCGUUGAUGCCUAUUUGUGAGGUUUUUGGAUCAUGUGUACCUAAUGUCUCUUGGACACUCCCCACAGGCGAAGAAAUCUCUGCUCAUGCUGUUUUCUCAAAUGCUUUUGCUCUUCUUUUAAAGCUUUGGAGGUUUAAUCAUCCACCAAUUGAACAUGGGGUGGGAGAUGUGCCUACUGUUGGAUCCCAGCUAACUCCCGAAUACCUCCUCUCAGUAAGAAAUUCCCAUCUCAUGUCUGCUGAAAGCAUCCACAAAGAUCGAAACAAAAAGAGACUCUUGGCAGCUGCAAGUUCAUCAUAUCCAAAACCUAUAUUUGUGGACUCAUUUCCAAAAUUAAAAGUCUGGUAUCGACAGCAUCUAAGGUGUAUAGCUGCAACUCUCUCUGGCCUUAUUCAUGGAACUCAAGUUCAUCAGACAGUAGAAGAACUUCUUAAUAUGAUGUUCAGAAAGAUCAACAGAGGAAGUCAGUCUUUAACUUCUGCUGUCUCCGGAAGCAGUGGUUCAUCUGGAGUUGUAAAUGAAGAUAACUCUCUAAGACCUAAAUUGCCUGCCUGGGAUAUUCUUGAAGCUGUUCCUUUUGUCGUCGAUGCUGCUUUAACAGCAUGCGCUCAUGGAAGACUUUCUCCGCGUGAACUUGCUACAGGGCUUAAAGACUUGGCUGAUUUUCUUCCUGCAUCUUUGGCAACAAUUGUAAGCUACUUCUCCGCCGAAGUAAGUCGAGGUGUUUGGAAACCAGCUUUUAUGAAUGGUAUGGAUUGGCCUAGCCCAGCUGCAAAUUUGUUAAAUGUUGAGGAACAUAUCAGGAGAAUUCUCGCUACCACCGGUGUUGAUAUCCCAAGCCUUUCUGCAGCAGGGGGGAGCUCUCCAGCUACACUUCCACUACCUUUGGCUGCCUUUGUAAGCCUCACUAUUACCUAUAAAAUUGAUAAGGCCUCAGAAAGAUUUCUCAAUUUGGCUGGCCCAGCCUUGGAGAGCCUUGCUGCAGGCUGUCCAUGGCCUUGCAUGCCUAUUGUUGCUUCCCUAUGGACCCAAAAGGCAAAAAGAUGGUUUGACUUCCUGGUCUUUUCUGCAUCUAGAACUGUCUUUCUUCACAACAGUGAUGCACUGGUUCAACUUCUUAAAAGCUGCUUCACUGCCACGCUUGGCCUAAGCACCAAUUCUAUCUCAAGCAAUGGUGGUGUUGGAGCUCUUCUGGGUCAUGGAUUUGGAUCCCAUAUAUGCGGUGGGAUUUCCCCUGUUGCUCCGGGAAUUCUCUAUCUCCGUGUUUAUCGAUCCAUCAGAGAUAUUGUGUUCGUAACUGAGGAGAUUCUAUCUCUCUUGAUGCAUUCUGUGAGAGAAAUAGCAUCUAGUGGUCUUCCUAGCGAGAAAUUGAAGAACUUGAAGACAGCCACCAAAAAUGGAAUGAGAUAUUGGCAGGUUUCACUUGCUGCUGCAAUGACUAAAGUGAAACUUGCAGCUUCACUUGGGGCUUCCUUAGUGUGGUUAUCUGGGGGUUUAGGUUUAGUGCAGUCAGUGAUAAAAGAAACUUUGCCUUCUUGGUUUAUAUCAGUUCACAGGUCUGAACAAGAAGGAUCUGAUGGGUUCGAUGGGCUAGUAGCAAUGCUUGGCGGAUAUGCACUUGCAUACUUUGCUGUGCUUUGUGGCGCUUUUGCAUGGGGAGUUGACUCAUCAUCUUCAGCAUCAAAGCGACGUCCGAAAGUCCUUGCAACCCAUCUGGAAUUCCUUGCAAGUGCACUUGAUGGCAAGAUAUCACUCGGUUGCGACAGGGCAACUUGGCGUGCCUAUGUAUCGGGAUUCGUGAACCUGAUGGUAGGUUGCACACCAACUUGGGUGCUGGAGAUGGAUGUAGAAAUACUGAAGAGUCUAGGGAAGGGGCUAACACAGUGGAAUGAACAGGAGCUUGCCAUGGCAUUGCUGGGGAUUGGUGGAAUUGGUGCUAUGGGUGCAGCCGCUGAACUUAUAAUUGAGCAUGAUUUGUGACCUUUUUUUUCCCCAAUUUUCUCAUAUCUUGCAGUUUCUCAUAGGACAGUUUGUUGUUGUAAAGUUUUGUAUAAAGAAUCUUUCGUUUAAUCGAGUUUCUAUGUACAGGAAGACCCAAAAUUUUCAAGCCAGGGUAAAUAGCUAUAUAAUAAUUGUUGUCAGCCAAAGUUUGCCUGUUCAUGCUUUGUAAUAUCUUAAAGAUUAGUAAGGGGCAGGGGAAAUUUGUAAUAAACUUAGGGUGCGUUUGGUUGACGGUUUUUAAUAUUA